GUUGUUUUCGGAAGUUAUAAGGCGAUUUUGAAAAAAGCGAGGCGACAUUUCCUUCCUUGUUCCCCCUUCUUAACGUGCCCGUUUGGACUCUACCGACUUACCGCAAUAAGGUGGGCUUACCCAGAGUUUGAAUUGAUUCAACCUGAAAGUACUUUCGUGAGACCUGAAGGCUUCGCAGCCACAGCUGGACCCAAUUUUCAUUUCGUAUAAACAGAAAGGAUGUAUCGAAACUUUGCAAGUCAAGAGAGAGGCAACCCGGCGUACACAGGCAGCGUCUCUGGGUCAAACACCCAGGGAAGCACCAGCACCUCGACUACACAGCAGGAGCAGAAGUUUACAAUGGCAGGCAGCAGUCAGUUCGUACCAAGCCUCAAUGCCAUCACAAGCAACCAGGACCUCCAGUGGAUGGUCCAGCCCUCCCUCAUGCAUACACCAGGCCCUUCACGAUCUCCAGUACCUCCCUACCCGUCCCUCUCAGGGGCACGGCCUCUGGGUCAACCGCUCUCCCACUCCCAUUUUCUCAGACCAGGGGUCAUAAGAGCAGCUGCAAACACCACUGGACCGACAAGGCGCAGGAACGAUGAACAUUUAUCCCACGAAGAGAUGGAGAGACGUAAAGUAAGAAGGGAGCGGAAUAAACUGGCAGCAGCAAAAUGUCGCAAUCGCCGUAGGGAGCUGACAGACACACUGCAGAAGGAAACUGAGCAGCUGGAGGAUGAAAAGUCCACUUUGCAGAAGGAAAUAGCUGCAUUACAAAAGGAGAAAGACAAGCUGGAGCUGGUCCUGGAGGCCCACCGCCCCAUUUGUAAAAUAGAGGACUCUGAUUCAGAUUCAGACCUGAGUCCACCAACUUCCUCUUUGGGAGGCAUCAAACUGGAGCCACAGGACUUCAGCAGACCCGGGCCCUCGACCAAACUUCUAGUAAAGAUGGAGAAGCCGAAACCAAAGAUAACCAUAUCCACCAAGAGUGUGACAUCAGCCGCCUCCACUGUCACCACUGAAUCAGAGUCUCUGCACACCCCGGUUCUCACAUCUACUCCCUCUCUCACACCCUUCACAGCCGGCAUGGUUUUCACCUAUCCCUCCGCUGCUAUGGACACCAGCGCCUCCAUCACAUCCCACGCUACAUCACAUCAGGGACACGUCCACCAUUCUCAUGCCCCACAGCCCUGUGGGGUAGCUCAUCGCCGCAGCAGCAGCAGCGGAGACCAAUCGGAUCACUCCCUGCACUCCCCGACCAUCCUCACUCUGUGAUUGACGGCUGUGUCAUCCUGGCAAAACACUAACGUUCAGUUCAUCAUGUGUGGAAAAAGGAUCUCUGGGAAACAUGAGGGAAUAAAAAAAUGAUGAUUGUGAUAAGCAUUUCAAAAGGAGCUGCGUGCAGCUGCUUAAUUUCUUCAGAUUCUUCACUUAGAUAUUAGG